GUUUUGAACUAGCACGUUUCUUGUGAAGAGAAGUGCCCCGUUUCGACACAUAAUCUAAACUAUUCAUUCCUACAGUUGGCUAGAUGGUACUAGACACAGCGCGGGCUGAGUCCGAGUUCUAUUUAUUUACGUUUUCUAUCUAUUAACCUCUUUGGCUCUUAGUGACUUUAUUAAAAGACAAACAAAUAAUAUUUAAUCAAUGAAUGGAUUCAUUAUCAGUGAUGGAACGUACUCAGUGCCCGCCUUUACCCCAACUCAAGAUCUUAAGCUGGAAUAUAAAUGGCAUUAGGACUGUGAAAAAUUUGAAAGGGAUGCUUGAUGAUCUAGAUGCUGACAUUAUUUGCUUGCAAGAGACUAAAGUAACUCGUGACAUGAUUGAUGAGCCAACUGCCUUAGUCGAGGGUUACAAUGCUUAUUUCUCAUUUUCUCGAGGGCGAAGUGGAUAUUCAGGUGUUGCUACCUAUUGUCGAGAAAGAGCUACACCAACUCUUGCUGAGGAAGGUCUGAGUGGUACUUCCUUAAUUUCUAAGAAUCAAUCAGAUAAUGUAGGCUGUUUAGGUGACGUAGAAAUACAAUUUUCUCCUCAAGAACUAAAGAGAUUAGAUAGCGAAGGACGAACAGUUAUAACCCAACACAAAUUUAAAAGGAAUGAUGGAUCUGAUGGCUUGUUAACAAUCUUCAAUGUUUACUGCCCUCGAGCUGACCCUGAGAGACCUGAUAGGCUGGAUUUUAAGUUACAUUUUAACAAACUCUUGGAAACUCGUGUAGCUGCAGUGAAGCAAAGUGGGUCUCUUGUUAUGGUUGUUGGAGAUAUCAACAUAAGUCAUAGACAGAUUGAUAGAUGCGAAAAUGUUGAUGAGGUUGAGUUUGAGGAAAACCCUUCAAGGCAAUGGCUAAAUUCAUUCCUUAUUGACAGCUUACAAGGUGAAACAUCCAAGACGUUCAAAGGAGAAGAUGCGACUGAGUCCAAGUUAAUUGACUCUUUUCGAUACUUUUACCCUCAUAGGGAAAAUUCCUUCACAUGCUGGAAUACAAAAAUAAAUGCAAGAGCUACCAACUAUGGUUCACGCAUUGACUACAUUUUUGUGGAUAAAAUUCUUGUUCAAAAUAUGGUAGACUCUCUAGUUCUGAGUGAAGUUGAGGGAAGUGAUCAUUGUCCAGUAAUGGGAAUUUUUAACUUAGAGCCUGUCAAGUCUAUGAAGUGCCCAUCAGCCUGUACCAAAAAUUUUCCUGAAUUUACCGGGAUUCAACAAAAACUAUCUUCGUUUUUUACCAAAAAAUCAGAGUGCCAGCCUGACUUAGAACUUAAUCAUGAACAAAAGAAAAGAAAGAAUGUGGAUUGUGACAGUAAUACUUCUGACCUUAAAUUAGGAUGCAUUUCUAAAAAACUUAAAACUCAAAGCAGUGUCACCCAAAAGCAGAUAUCAAGUUUUUUUCAAAAAGCCUCCAUAUCGGAGACUGAAAAGAAUGAUGGUGAUACAGAAACUUCUGGAUGUCAGUCAAUGUCCUCAGUAAAAUUUACCUCUGAAAAGGAAGAAGACAUUCACAUUGAAAAUAUUGCUGAGAAAGUAGAAAAGAGUUCAUUAGCCGCUUCAGCAUGGCGAAAUAUGCUAACUGGACCUCGUCCAUUACCUUUGUGUAAGGGUCAUAAAGAACCAUGUGUGGAGAGGACGGUGAAGAAAAAAGGACCAAACUUCAAUCGAAAAUUCCAUGCUUGUGCCAGAGGUGAAGGAAGCAAAACAGAUCCGAGAGCUCGUUGUGACCAUUUUGAGUGGGCAGCUAAAAAGUAGUAGGUGAGUGGAUGUUUUGAUGCUCAUUUCUAAAGGAAACAAAAUUCCAGUUUACUAUUAUCAUCAACACAUUUUGCUGUGCGUGAAGGGACAAAAGGGUGAAGCAACAAGAUAAUACAGUAGUUAGGUUUUUGAUACUAUGUAUAUUGUCAUUGAAUUGUCUUUGACAUACUUGUGUUCCAUUACUCUUUGAAUCAAAAUAAUAUACAUUGCAAUGUUAAAAUUGCCUUAGACUCUCUAUGGUACAGCAAAUUAUGUACAAGACGUAUUGCCUACAUUAAUUAAAAUUAGCUAUUGUCUUUUCACAGAUACUUACACGAUCACUUGAGAAAAAUUCUUGAUACACUGCUACACUAAUGUUUAUUGAUAUAUCUUUUUUGAACAUUUUAUUUUUUGAUUGCAGUUUCUUUAUAUGUAUACGGAGAGAAAGUUUAGAAAAAUGGCAAGUUUUUUUACUCUUUUUACCACCAUGAUAUUGUUGUACUUUAAUAUGGGGCUGUGCAGUUAGCAUCUGUGGGGAAAUUUUAUUGCCCCUCAUUGUUAUGAUUGUGAUAAAUGAUGAAUGUAUAGUUUCUCUAAAAAAUAAUAAUCCAAGACUAAAAUUGACAGAAUUUUGUCACCUCAUUUGAACUGUAUGACAUUUUGCAAUGAGAAAUGUAAUAACAACUAGACAGUCCCAUUCAGCUUUAUUUGUCUAUUGCAUUUUUAUGAAAUGUUGCUAGUUAGGAACGUGGCAAUGUUUUGUUCUUGCCUCUUGAUCAAAACAAGGCUGAUGCAAUUUGAAUGGCCCAGUCUGAAGCUUAUGUUGCAUUGUUUUCCUGUAUUUAAAGAAAAAGAAAACUUUUAAUGUGAUAUGGUAUGUUUUAUAAGACAGCAAAUACUUUUGUUGUAUUUCUGAACUUCUUUUCAAACUACUACUUUAGUGUUCCUACUCUCUAAUACUGCUGUACUGCAAGCAAUCAUUUUUAAGGAAUUGUAUGACAUUUGAAACAUUUUUAUAAAACUAUUCGAAGAUUUUACAUUUAAUAAGCAUCACAGGCAGGAAAUCAGAUAAAGUUUAUCAGUGAAAAUCAACUAUUUUCAGGACUUGUUCACUUUUUAUCUUUUUGAUUUAAAAGAUGAAGUGCAAUACUAUGACCAAUAAGUUCCAACUAUGUUGGCAAACUGAAGCUGAUUUAAAAGCACUUGAGUAAAUAUUUUCAUUCGACCCCUUU